AUGUUGCAAACAGAAAAUCCUAAUACUGACUUUCGACAAUAUAUUGAAGAACCAACAAAUGAUGAUGGUUAUAUUGCUCAACGAGUGCAUAAUACAUAUAAACAGAUGCAUACAUAUCAAUGUGUAGAUUUUGUUCGUAAACAAUAUGAUUGUUGGUUAAAAUUUGAUCAUGAUCGUAUGACAAUUUAUGAAGCAAUAAAAAAAUUAAGUACAUUUGUUGAUGAAAGUGAUCCUGAUGUUGAUGUACCAAAUAUCUAUCAUGGAUUUCAAACAGCUGAAGCUAUACGAAAAGCAUAUCCAGAUCAAGAUUGGUUUCAUUUAACAGGUCUUAUACAUGAUUUGGGAAAAGUUUUAGGCCUAAAUAAUGAACCACAAUGGGCUGUUGUUGGUGAUACAUUUCCCGUUGGUUGUCAAUUUAGUGAUAAAAUUGUUUAUCAUAAAACAACAUUUGAAAAUAAUCCUGAUUUACAUCAUGAAAUUUAUUCAACUAAAUAUGGUAUGUAUACACCAAAUUGUGGUCUUGAUCAAUGUAUGAUGUCAUGGGGACAUGAUGAAUAUCUUUAUCGUGUUUUAACUAAUCAUCCGGCAUGUACACUACCCGAGGAAGGUCUAUAUAUCAUACGAUAUCAUUCAUUUUAUCCUUGGCAUACAGGCAAUGACUAUAUGUAUUUAUGCAAUGAAAAAGAUCUUCAAAUGUUAGAAUGGGUUCGAUGUUUUCAAAAAUUUGAUUUAUAUACAAAAAAUGACAAUGAUCUACCAAAUAUUGAUGAACUUGAACCAUAUUAUUUAUCGUUAAUUGAAAAAUAUAUUCCAGGCAUUCUUGCUUGGUAA